GAGACGAACAGGUCGGUCCGGUGGUUCGAGUCAAGCAAAACUACUAAAGAAUGGCGAGUGGGCGGGCGAUAUUUCGUCGUUGCGUUUUCAUUAUCACGUCCAGAAGCCAGAAGGAAAAGGAAAAGGAAAAGAUCAGUCCGUCUUCCUCCUCUCCUAUUUUCUGCUUCUCUUUCCUAAUUUAAUGCCUCGGAGUCCUGGCAUUUAAGGACGGUUUUCGUCGCCUUGUUUCGUUUUCUGUUGGUCUCGACUAGGGUUAGGGUUAGUGUUUAAGUUUUCGGGCUAGAUCCUCAGACCUCAGUUCUCUUUCUUUAUUAUCCAUCUUCUUCUGCUCGUGCUGCUUCAACAGCUGCUGCAGUGACAGGAGAAUGAAAGAGUCGAACGUGGAUCUUUUCGAUCCUCGAACAAUCAUGGAUUCCGAUUUCUCUUCCAGCGGCAACGGGGUUUCUUCUGACGGAGAUUUUGCCUUCGCUUUCAACGACAGCAAUUUCUCCGAUCGUCUUCUUCGCAUCGAAAUCAUGGCUGGCUUGCCGGAGAACAAGUCUGACGGUGAGGGCUGCAACAGCAUCGCUGACUGGGCUCGCAAUCGGAAACGCAGGAGGGAGGAUAUCAAGAAGGAAGCUGCUACAGAUUUUACCUUGUGCCGUGAGGAGCAGAUUUUGAAUUGUGGACAGCCUGAUACUGAGGAUGGAGUGGCUUAUGAAAACCAGGAUGAGGAACCAGUGGCUAUGAUUGAGGAGUCACCUUCAGGUGAUGAGGCUGCCCAUAGUAAUGAAUCAUCAUGGAGCAUGGACUGUUCUACAGUUUUGAGAGUUAGGACGAUUCAUAUCAGCUCUCCGAUUUUGGCUGCAAAAAGUCCAUUCUUUUAUAAGCUUUUCUCAAAUGGGAUGAGGGAGUCAGAACAGCGACACGUAACAUUGAGAAUCAAUGCCUCUGAGGAAGCUGCCCUCAUGGAGCUUUUAAAUUUCAUGUACAGCAAUACCCUGUCAACAACCACAGCUCCAGCCUUAUUGGAUGUGCUGAUGGCUGCUGACAAAUUUGAGGUUGCUUCAUGCAUGAGGUACUGCAGCCGGUUACUGCGGAAGUUGCCCAUGACACCUGAAUCAGCUUUGCUCUAUUUGGAGCUUCCUUCCAGUGUUUUAAUGGCUGAAGCAGUUCAGCCGCUGACUGAUGCAGCCAAGCAGUACCUUGCUGCACGUUACAAGGAUAUAACCAAGUUCCAAGAAGAGGUGCUGAACUUGCCUCUAGCAGGAAUUGAGGCGGUGUUAUCCAGUGAUGAUCUACAGGUGGCAUCAGAAGAUGCUGUUUAUGACUUUGUGCUCAAAUGGGCACGGACCCAUUACCCAAAGCUGGAGGAUCGGCGAGAGAUUCUUGGUUCGCGUCUCUUCAGACUUGUUCGCUUCCCGUACAUGACCUGUCGAAAGCUGAAGAAGGUUCUCACCUGCAAUGAUUUUGACCAUGAGUUGGCAUCCAAGGUUGUGCUCGAGGCCCUCUUCUUCAAGGCUGAGGCACCGCACAGGCAGCGCAGUCUCGCUGCUGAGGAAUCAGCUGCCACAAAUCAUCGAUUUAUUGAGAGGGCCUACAAGUACCGUCCUGUUAAGGUGGUGGAGUUUGAGCUGCCACGGCAACAGUGUGUGGUGUAUCUGGACCUGAAGCGGGAGGAGUGUUUAAACUUGUUUCCAUCAGGGAGGGUAUAUUCACAGGCCUUCCACUUGGGUGGACAGGGGUUCUUCCUGUCUGCCCACUGCAACAUGGACCAGCAGAGCUCGUUCCAUUGCUUUGGGCUAUUUUUGGGAAUGCAGGAGAAAGGGUCAGUGAGCUUUGCAGUGGACUAUGAGUUUGCAGCAAGAUCAAAGCCCACAGAAGAGUACGUUAGUAAAUACAAAGGCAAUUAUACCUUCACAGGGGGGAAGGCAGUUGGUUACAGGAACCUGUUUGCUAUUCCAUGGACGUCUUUUGUGGCUGAGGACAGCCUUUACUUCAUCAAUGGCAUCCUUCAUCUCAGGGCCGAGCUCACCAUCAAACACUAACUCUGGCAACCAGAUCAUAGAGUUCAUAGGCUUACUAUUAUCAUUAGGCGCAGUGAAAAUGUGAGGCAGGGAGGGGAUAAAUCAUAAAUGUAUAAUGGGAGUAAGGCAAGGUGAGUGACUGGAUGAAUAGUGAACUUACUCAAUUCCCGCUUGAAUUAAAGACUUUUAAGAAGGGAAUUUGAGAAAUAUGGGGCUCAUAUUCAUGUCGUAUCUCCUGUAUGAUUUUCCCCCAACUUUUUAAUUGAUGGAAUGGAUAGAUUUCUGUCCUGUGAUUGUGGUGAUGGGAUGGCUGUAAAUUCUUGGUAGUUAAUAUAAUUCAAAUCAAGGUUCUCCAA